ACCCGGAGGCGGAACCGGCCCCGACGCGGCGCUGACCCGCUGUCCCGGGAACGCGGAGGACUGGGCCGGGCCGGGCCGGACCGCGCCGGGAGUGCGCCCGCGCGCCCUGCCAUGCGCCCCGCGCUGCUCGCGCUCCUGGGCGCGCUCCUGGGCGCGCCCCCGGCCGUCCCCAAGGAGGCCCCGCUCCUGGUGCGCGUGGACGCGGCCCGCGUGCUGCGGCCCCUGCGGCGCUUCUGGAGGAGCACCGGCUUCUGCCCCCCACUGCCGCACGACCAAGCUGACCAGUAUGACCUCAGCUGGGACCAGCAGCUCAACCUCGCCUACGUGGGCGCCGUCCCUCACGGGGGCAUCAAGCAGGUCCGGACCCACUGGCUGCUGGACCUCGUCACGGCCAGGGCGGCGGCUGGGAGGGGCCUGAGCUACAACUUCACCAGCCUCGAUGCCUACCUGGACCUUCUCAGGGAGAACCAGCUCCUCCCUGGUUUUGAGCUGAUGGGCAGCCCCUCGGGACACUUCACUGACUUUGAAGACAAGGAGCAGGUGUUCGAGUGGAAGGACCUGGUCUCACUCCUGGCCAAGAGAUACAUCGGUAGGUACGGGAUCGCACACGUUUCCAGGUGGAACUUUGAGACCUGGAAUGAGCCGGACCACCACGACUUUGACAACGUCUCUAUGACCACGCAGGGCUUCCUGAACUACUACGACGCCUGCUCCGAGGGUCUGCGGGCCGCCAGCCCGGCCCUGCGGCUGGGUGGCCCCGGCGACUCCUUCCACCCCCCGCCCCGGUCCCCCCUGAGCUGGAGCCUCCUGGGGCACUGCCACAACGGCACCAACUUCUUCACGGGGGAGACGGGCGUGCGGCUGGACUACAUCGCCCUCCACAAGAAGGGCGCUGGGAGCUGCAGCUACAUCCUGGAGCAGGAGAAGGCGGCCGUGCGGCAGAUACAGCAGCUCUUCCCCGGCUUCGCCGACACCCCCAUCUACAACGACGAGGCCGACCCGCUGGUGGGCUGGUCCUUGCCGCAGCCCUGGAGGGCCGACGUGACCUACGCGGCCAUGGUGGUGAAGGUCAUCGCGCAGCACCAGAACCUGCUGAUCGCCAACCGCAGCUCCCCCAUCCGCUACGCGCUCCUGAGCAACGACAACGCCUUCCUGAGCUACCACCCGCACCCCUUCUCGCAGCGCACGCUCACCGCCCGCUUCCAGGUCAACAACACCCGCCCGCCCCACGUGCAGCUGCUGCGCAAGCCCGUCCUCACCGCCAUGGGGCUGCUGGCCCUGCUGGACGGCGAGCAGCUGUGGGCGGAGGUGUCGCGGGCCGGGUCGCUGGUGGACAGCAACCACACGGUGGGCGUCCUGGCCAGCGCCCACCGCCCUGCGGGCCCGGCCGACGCCUGGCGCGCCUCGGUGCUGGUCUACGCGAGCGAUGACACCCGCGCUUACGCCAACCGCAGCGCCGCCCUGACCCUCAGCCUGCACGGGGUGCCCCGGGUCCCCGGGCUGCUCUACGUGACGCUCUACCUGGACAACCGGCUCUGCAGCCCCCACGGCGAGUGGCGGCGCCUGGGCCGGCCCGUUUUCCCCUCGCCCGAGCAGUUCCGGCUCAUGCGCGCGGCCGAGGACCCGGUGGCCGCGGCCCCGCGCCCCUUCCCCGCGGGGGGCCGCCUGACGCUGCGCCCGGAGCUCCCGCUGCCCUCGCUCCUGCUGCUGCACGUGUGCGCGCGCCCCGAAAAGCCGCCGGGCCAGGUGACCCGGCUCCGCGCCCUGCCCCUGACCCGCGGGCAGCUGCUGCUGGUCUGGUCGGAUGAGCGCGUGGGCUCCAAGUGCCUGUGGACAUAUGAGAUCCAGGUCUCCCGGGGGGGCCAGGUGUACACCCCCAUUAGCAGGAAGGCGUCAACCUUUAACCUCUUUGUGUUCAGCCCAGACACAGCCGCCGUCUCCGGCACCUACCGGGUUCGCGCAGUGGACUACUGGACCCGCUCGGGGCCUUUCUCAGACCCCGUGAAGUUCCUGGAGGCCCCACCCCCUGAGGACUGCUCCGGGACCCCCCAGCACCAGGUGGUGCUGACUGGUGAACCCAGUGGGCCUGGAGCCAAGACCAGCCUGGUGUCCCGACAGACCCAGACCACUGGGCCCUAAACCCCACCGAGGGCUCCUGGGUUGCGUGGGCCCCACCGAGCGCUUCACCAGCACACCUGGUGCUGCCACCUUGUGUCCCCGGCUUGGCGUCCUACAGCCACCGUAACAGAUGACCACGGGGGUUCAUUCUUUCAGUUCCGGAGUCUGAAAUCGAGGUGUCAGCGGGGCCGUCCCUUCUGGAGGCCGAGGGAGGAGCAGCCCACCCGCUUCCAGGCUCUGGGGCUGUGGCCGACAUUGGAUCCAUGGCUUGUGGCCCCUCUGUCUCAAGCACCGUCUCUGGUGUCCUCACUGGCCUAUUACUGGUUUAGGACCCCCCCGGGUCCCGAGUGAACUGGGUCGUGAUGCCUCAGUUACGUCUGCAAAGACCUCGUUUCCAGUGCGGGCCUCGUCCUGUGGCUUCGGUGGACGUGAGCUUUUGGAGGACACACUUCACCCGGGCGCUCUCCAGUCAGGGUAAAGUCUUCAGAAAAUCAAGACGCCCGUGGGUUAUGGAGCGACCGAGCGCAGGCUGCGGACCCAGUGUCCGCUGGGGCUGGGGUCCUGGUCCGGAGGCAGACAGCUCCCGGUUUUCUCUGCACAGACAAGAACACCUUUGGCAGGUGCUGCCUGCCAGCACCAGGGGCUGGUCGAGUUCUCCAAUAAAGAUACUUUGUUCAGACAACUCA